AGCAGGCCCCGCCCCGCCCCGCCCGAUCCUGCCAGGCGCUCCAAUCGCUUGUAGAGAUCAUCGCUGGACCCAGGCGGUUGUGUCGAUCUCCGCUCCAACUGGAGACCAGGUCCAAACCAUGGCGGAGAAGACUCAAAAGGGUGUGAAGAUUGCUCCUGGAGCAGUUGUGUGUGUAGAAAGUGAAAUUCGGGGUGAUGUAACCAUAGGACCUAGGACGGUGAUCCACCCUAAAGCACGCAUUAUUGCCGAAGCCGGGCCCAUCGUGAUCGGUGAAGGUAACCUCAUAGAGGAACAGGCGCUUAUCAUAAAUGCUUACCCUGAUAAUAUCACUCCUGAUGCUGAAGAUCCAGAACCGAAACCUAUGAUCAUUGGCACCAGUAAUGUGUUUGAAGUUGGCUGUUAUUCUCAAGCCAUGAAAAUGGGAGAUAAUAAUGUUAUUGAAUCAAAAGCAUAUGUAGGCAGAAACGUCAUAUUGACAAGUGGCUGCAUCAUUGGGGCUUGCUGCAACCUGAACACGUUUGAAGUCAUCCCUGAGAAUACGGUGAUCUAUGGUGCAGACUGCCUUCGUCGGGCGCAGACUGAGCGGCCACAGCCCCAGACACUACAGCUGGAUUUCCUGAUGAAAAUCUUGCCAAACUACCACCACCUAAAGAAGACUAUGAAAGGAAGCUCAACUCCAGUUAAGAACUAAGAACAAUACAUGACAUCAAGAUAAGAGUUUGUCUUUGACCACUGUCUUUUGAAAGGGCCACAGUGUUCAUGCACUCUUAGCAGUUCCCAGAAUAAUCCAUGUUGACUUUAUUUUGUAAAAUUGAGUCAGAGAGGAAGGUAAUGGGUUUUCACUGUAACUGUCCUUUGUAAUUUAUAUAAAUGCAUUAUUUUCUUAUAUCCUUUCUCCUGAGAAUUUACAGGUUUAGUUUAUUUUUCUUUUGUCAGAUAAAAUGUUGGCUAUGGAUUUUAGUUGUAUAAAACACUCCCUGUGAUAAGGAAGGACAUAUUGCUGUGUAUUUAUAUUCUAGAAUAUAUUGUACUAAAUAAAAAUGCUAUUGGCAGGA